GUGUUUCCUAAAAAAUAAAUUAAACAAUAAGGAAUUAUAUAAAUUAAAAAGAAAAAGAAAAAAAAAAAGGAACGGAAAUCCGUUUGCGUAACCACUACCACCGAUUCAUUCAUUUCAUUCUAAUAAAUUUUCCACUCCCACCGCACCACCUCCCUACAAUUCCUCUUCCUCUCUCUCCUAUAAUUCUCCAUCUUCAUCUCCAUCUCCAUCUUCCUCCUCAUCCUUUUCGUCGGUUAUCUUACCUCUCCAGAACCCUCCAUCCAUCUUUUCCCUUUCCUCUCUCUCUCUCUCUCUCUCUCUCUCUCUCUCUCUAUACACACACAUACACACACACACACACACACAUAUUUCUAGAUCCUAUUCCUCCUCCUUCAUCAUUUGAUUCUACAUAUACACUCUUCAAGGAUCUGGAGAUGAUAUUUCUUCUCAUCUCACACUGCCCAAAUGACUUCUUCGUAAGGCAGUGAACCUUCCGUGCUGUCAGUAUUUUACUUUUCUCUUUAUCUGAGGUUCAUUGAUUCAAAAAAUGUUGGGUGGCAACAAUGGAAAUGGUUUGCUUCCCGUUUUCCUUGAUGAAAAACGAACCCAGUAUCAAACUAAUGCUUCUGGUCAGCUGCAGUUAUUUGGGAAUUUGCCCGUUAGUUGUGGAAUUGAGCCUGUAAAUUAUUUUGGAAAUGAGCAAAUGGUUCAUAUGCUUCGCCCUAACAAAAGAAGUAGGGAAAUAGAAGAUUUCUCAAGACAGCAGAAGCUUCAGAUUUCCCUAAAUUAUGCUUGUCAAGAUGAUGCUGAUCGUUCAACAACCAUUAGAAACCCAAAUCCUGUGUCAACGGGCUUAAGGUUAUCAUAUGAUGAUGAUGAACACAAUUCCUCUGUUACCACUGCCAGUGGAAGUAUAACAGCUGCACCUUCAAUCAUUUUUUCACUUGGUGAUAAUAUCAGGACUGAGAUCGACAGACAAAAGGAAGAAUUUGAUCAAUAUAUUAAACUUCAGGAAGAACAUUUGGCAAAGGGUAUUAGGGAUAUGAAGCAAAGACAUACGGCUUCCUUUCUUAGUGCGAUUGAAAAAGGCAUCGGAAAUAAACUGCAUGAAAAGGAUGUUGAAAUUGAGAGCAUGAACCGUAAAAACAGAGAGCUAGUGGAGAGAAUAAAGCAUGUGGCCACGGAAGCUCAAAAUUGGCAUUGCAGAGCAAAGUACAAUGAGUCAGUCGUAAAUGUCCUGAAAAACAAUCUUCAGCAUGCCAUCUCGCAGGGUGCGGACCAAGCGAAGGAAGGGUUUGGAGAUAGUGAAGUGGAUGAUGCUGCCUCAAACAUUGAUCCAAAUAAUUACCUAAGUGUUCCAGGUGGGACAAUAAAACCUUCAACCAGCAAGGAAUACAUGAUUUGCAGAGCAUGCAAGGCAAAAGAGGUUUCCAUCCUACUUAUGCCUUGUAGACAUUUAUGUUUGUGUAAAGAUUGCGAUGGACUUGUAAAUGUCUGUCCUGUCUGUCACUUGAUCAAAACGGCUGGUAUCCAAGUCUACCUGUCCUAAAUUAAAAAUCUUACCAAAGCGCAAAACAAAUCUCGUUUUCCUUCUGUCUGUAUGAUAUAUACCUGCAUUUUUUUUAAUCACUAAGGUGAACGUUGAAGUUGCUCA